CCCGAGUCCCCGCGGCCCCGCAGCCCCCGGAGCUGGGACAACUGUUGCGGCGGCGGCUGGGGCACCGCGGGGGCGUGAGCGGCCCCGCGCCCCGGUAGGCGGCUCAGCCCCGCGGGCGCCGGCUCCCGGCGGCGGAGCAAGGAGCGAGCGGGCGGCGGGCACAAGGCAGCGCUCGACGAACCGAUGCAAGCCAAACGAUGACCAGUUGUGGCCAGCAGCCCUUGAACGUGCUCGCCGUCCUCUCGUUGCUGAUUUCCGCAGUCUUGUCCGCGCAUUUCCGUGUCUGUGAGCCAUACACGGACCACAAAGGCCGCUAUCACUUUGGCUUCCACUGCCCCCGGCUCUCGGACAACAAAACCUUCAUCCUCUGCUGUCACCAUAACAACACGGUUUUCAAAUACUGCUGCAAUGAGACAGAGUUCCAGGCGGUGAUGCAGGCAAACCUCACGACCGGCUCCGAGGGCUACAUGCACAACAACUACACCGCCUUGUUGGGAGUGUGGAUCUAUGGCUUCUUCGUGUUGAUGCUACUCGUCCUGGAUCUUUUGUAUUACUCGGCAAUGAACUACGACGUUUGCAAGGUUUACCUGGCACGGUGGGGCAUCCAUGGACGGUGGAUGAAACAGGACCCCAGGCGGUGGGGGAACCCUGCCCGGGCACCCCGGCCAGAGCAGCCGGCCCUGCAGUCCCAGCCUCCCCCGGGUCCCCUGCCUCAAGCCCCCCAGGCCGUCCACACGCUGCAGAGAGACAGCCACAGCCCACCGCUGAUGAGCUUCCAGGGUUCGUCUGCCUGGUUCCUGCCCAGAUGUCACCUCCACCAAGAGGCCCUCCCUGGCCAAGGUUUAUAUGAUAGCAACAGCUUUCCCACCCCACCAUCCCCCUCUACUCCCCCUAUUUCUCUUUCGGUUUCUACAUGGAGCUCACCACCUCUGUUGUGUUUGCUUUCUUGUCUGCUGUCUCCUCUGCUGUAAGGAAUCCCGGGAGAGCUGGGAUUGGUCUGUCUUGUGCCCAGCCGUGCCCCCAGCACCUAGAAGUAGGCUAGGCGCUCCAUGAGUAAGUGUUGAGUGAAUGCAUCUUCUUCUGCCCGGAGCCUGGCACGUAUUAGGCACCUAGUAAAUGUCAGACCGAUGAGUGGACUGCAUCAUUAUUGUUCAUAAAAGGAGCUCCCAUUAACUGAGGAACUGGUGAGCUAAGCGGCUGCAGCAGACGGUCCCAGUUCACGUCCCUAGCUUGGCCACCCUGAACUCCGUGCAUGGAGGAGGAAACGGAGCCUCGGCGAGAGUCAGCAACUUUCCCAGAGCUGCACAGCUGCUGAGGCAGAAUUCACACCCAGGUCUAGCUGACUCCGAAGCCCACAUUCUUGGAAUGGGAAGCAGGGUCUCCCCCGGUACUUCUCCUGCUGUGAGAGCUACACCCUGAGAUGGUGCUCACAAAGCACCCAGCCCCAUGCUGGACCUGAUGACAGGCUCCCUGUGCAAGUCAGGCCUUACCCACCCCUGGGGCAGGACCCUGAGGGUCCUCCAAAAGAGCAUGAGUUCUGGGGCUCCAGGCACCGGCAGACCAAGCCCUCUCUGAUCUGGACGCGGUAUCGACCUGCGGUUCAGAUGGUGCCUCCACGUGCUAGUGGGGAACCUCAGGCAAAUUAUUUCACUUCUCUGAGCCUCAGUUUUCCCAUCUGUAAGAUGGACCAGUAGACCAACCCUGCGGGGCGACUGCGAGGAUUAGAACAGGGCCCGGCGUGUGAUAGGGGCCUCCGUAAAUGCUCAUCGUAAUUAUUGGUGUGUUAUUAGUGCAAAGAGUAAAAGUAGACAAGAGAAGCCACAGAACCCCCCAACACGCACAGGUGUUUUGCAUUUUCUGCUUUCUUACGCACGUGCUUUUCCACUCUUCCAAUAAUGACGUACAGUGUUUCCCCCUUAUCCAAAGUUUCACUUUACCGGGUUUCAGUUGCCUGCGGUCAACCUCGAUCUGAAAAUAUUAAAUGGAAGAUUCCAGAAAUAAAGAAUUCAUACGUUUUAAAUUGCACACCAUUCUGAGUAGCGUGAUAAAAUCUCAAUCCAUCUUGCCCCAGAUGUGAAACAUCUCGUUGUCCAGGGUGUCCCGUCCAUCCGUCACUUAGUAACCCUCUUGGUUAUCAGAUGGGCGGUUGUGGCGUCACACGGCUUCUGUUCAAGUGACCCUUAUCUACUUAAGAACGGCCUCUCGGAGCAAGUGCAGUGAUGCUGACAAGUCAGUUGUGCCAGAGGGAAGCCACAAAGUGGAUCCUUUAAGUGAAAGGAUGAAAGUUCUCAGGGUGGAAAGAAAAAUAGCCAAGAUCUUGCUAAGAUCUACGGCAAGAACGAAUCUUCUACCCGUGACGCUGUGAAAAAGGCAAAAGAAAUUUGAUAGUUUUGCUGUCACACCUCAAACUGCAAAAGUAACGGCCACAGUGCCUCAUAAGUGCUUCAUUAAGGUGGAAAAGGCAUUAAAUUUGUACAAUAAGGUAUUUUGAGAGAGAGAGAGAGAGGCCACUCUCACAUAACUUUUAUUACAGUGUAUUGUUAUAAUUGUUCCAUUUUAUUAAUAGUCAUUGUUGUUAAAUGUGCCUUAUUAUACUUAUUGUGCCUAAUUUCUAAAUUAAACUUUAUCACAGGUAUGUACGUAUAGAAGAAAACAUAAUAUACGUAGGGUUUGGUUCUCUCUGAAGUUUCAAGUAGCCACUGGGGGUCUUGGGAUGUAUCCCCCAUGGUUAUGG